CUGUAGUGCCUCGCUUUUGGAUUCGGUCAACCCUUUCUUUCCUUUCUUGUGCUGAACGUGAGCAACAUGCCGGCCGACCUGACCGAGGUCUCGACUGAGGCCCUGAUGGCCGAGAUCCAGCGCCGUCUGGACUGCACGAAGAAGCCGGAGAAGCGUAUUAUCCUCAUCGGCCCCCCCGGCUGCGGCAAGGGCACGCAGUCCCCUCGCAUCAAGAACGAGCACUGCCUGUGCCACCUAGCCACCGGUGACAUGCUGCGCGCGGCCGUGGCUGCCAAGACGCCCCUGGGCCUGGAGGCCAAGAAGGCCAUGGAGAGCGGCGCGCUGGUGAGCGACGAGAUCGUGAUCGGCCUGAUUGAGGAGGCCACGCAGCAGGCGGAGUGCGCCAAGGGGUUCAUCCUGGACGGCUUCCCGCGCACCGUGGUGCAGGCCAAGAAGCUGGAUGAGAUGCUUGCCAAGCGCGGCCAGGCCAUUGACCGCGUGCUCAACUUCGUUGUGCCGGACUCGCUGCUGGUGGAGCGUGUGGUGGGCCGCUGGGUGCACCCCUCCUCGGGCCGCUCCUACCACGUUAAGUUCGCCCCGCCCAAGGUUGCGGGUGUGGACGACGUGACGGGCGAGCCGCUGAUGCAGCGCAAGGACGACAACGCCGAGACGCUCAAGGCGCGGCUGGGUGCCUUCCACGACCAGACCACGCCCGUCAUCCAGCACUACGCCGCCAAGGUGGUGGCGCUCAAGGCAGACCGGCCGCAGGACGAGGUGGCUCAGGCCAUUGCCUCGGCGCUCAACAAGUAAUUGUGUGGGGAGCUACCGGACUGGAGCUAGCGUGCGUGACAAUAGUUGUUUCGCGUCGUCACAAGACUAGCUUGAUUGACAUGUAUUGAUAUGAGACCUAGGAUAGCGUUGGACAGAGUUUUAUUCACCAGGACUUGAAGGGACGAGACGAAGAGGGCGGGACGGCGAGUAGAGCAGACCGGACACCGGGCAUUGCCGGCGUGGGCCUCAGCCGGUGCGGCGAUAGGCAGAGGCGGCGCCAGCUCGAGCGGCGAUGGCGGAGUGGAGGCCGAAGGGUUGAUCAGGCGAUCGAGUUGACGGGUGGGUUGAUCAAAGGAUGCAUCGGGACAGCCGGGUGUGCUGCUGCAUGCGGGCAACUUACGGUGGGUGCUAGAGGCGUGCAGGCACGUGGCACCAUUCAGGAAGGCACCAAGUGCGUGAAAGGGCGCAAGCAAGGACUCGGAACUCGGAAGGGCGCAAUGCAGCAAGCGGUUGCAUCCCUUGUGGGAGGGGGUGACGGGCCACGCCGCGCGUGUGGCAAUCGGGUGCGCGUGGCUGGUUGACAGCUCGGACUAUGGUGCUCGAACCAGCUUUGGACAAAUAAGACGUCCGGACAUAUUCAGGCGGCAACACGCCGGCCGUCAUGGAUGGAGUACGUGUAACCACGCACCGCA